UUCUAGCAAAAUGUUUUAUUUAAGAUGGCUUAUGUUUAUGUGGUUUCUUUUGGAAUGUAGCAUUCCAUCUCAGGCUUCUGACGGAAACUGGGGGCCUUGGGAAAACACCUGGAGUAUCUGCACACGAAGUUGCGGUGGAGGAAUAAGAUUAAAAAGAAGAUAUUGUCACCAAGGACCAUCUAAAGAUAGCUGUGAUGGUGAGGCAAUUCAAGCACAGCUUUGCAAUAUUCAGCCGUGCCCCGCCAUCUCCAGCCAGUACGAGUUUAAAGAACGGCAGUGUGCUGCCACAAACACGCAACCUGACCGACUUGGGAGAUAUACAAACUGGGUACCCUUUGAUAAAGUACAGAAAAACCGUCAGUGCCAUGUAGUGUGUGUACCGAGUGAAAGCCCUGACCAGAAAGCCGAAGUCAGGGAACAAAGUGCUAUAGAUGGCACUAUUUGUGAACAUGACUCACCUACCUGGGGAUUCGAUAAAUGUGUAGAUGGAAAAUGCCAGAAAUUCGGCUGUGAUGGAGAACUUAAUUCUGGCACUUUUUUUGACGUUUGCGGAAUAUGUGGAGGUACAGGGAAUUCUUGUAAAAAGUUUUCUGGGAGGCAGACUUCCGGGAAAUUUCAAGAGCAUGUAACGUUUCUAACACUAACUGGAGGUGCGACCAGCAUUAAGAUAGUCAGCAGCAAUGCCUACACCCAUAUUGGGGUUCGGGUGAACGGCCGCUGGUUGCUUGGACCUCACUCUGGUCGGGGAAAAUCACGUCUGUAUGACAGUGACGGAGUACACGUGCAGUAUAAAGGUGGUUUGAGUGACAGCGAGUAUCUUUCAAUCAAGUCAAUCCCUAACAAUAUCACUGUCAGUUUCUCGGUGAAGCAAGAGUAUGACAGCACGCAAUAUAAUGGUGUAGAUCCUGUUAUCACUUAUGAAUACUACUUGCCAACCAAUCACGUCGCACCAGCAGCGGUUGGCAGUGUACAGCGCUACAGGUGGAGCCUCCAUUAUAUAACUGGAUGUACGCAGACAUGCGGAGGAGGUUAG